GUCUCUACAGACUUUGUAAUUCUUCUCUUCUAUCCCCGCCCUCUUUUUAUCGAGCGCUUGCCUUUUCAGGAAGACGGAGACUGCACCGCGACGCCGGCCGCCCUCGAAUUAUUGGACGCGGCUGAGACAUCCUCUCAACACCUUUCUCGCUCCUCUGAGCAUCGACAAUCACAUCGCCAUCGCCCAUCAUGGCCGCUGACGGCGCCAUCACAACGGGCGCAAACACCCAGGGAGAUCUCAGAAAACGAAACGUCGCGGCUGGUCAGAAUGGCAACUAUGUCCCACAAGAGCCUGGGAACAAGCUGGAUGAGAAGAGCAAGGAAAAGGUCAACACCUUUCUUCAGACCCUCGACGAAUGGGAGUGGCUGAUCGCGCCGCUCCUCUUCACGAUCCUCGCCUUCUUCACGCGCUUGUACAAGAUCGGCCUCUCGCCCAUUGUCACCUGGGAUGAGGCGCAUUUUGGAAAGUUCGGGUCUCACUACCUCAAGCGCGAGUUCUACUUUGAUGUGCACCCUCCGCUUGGAAAAAUGCUGGUGGGACUUUCAGGAUACCUCGCAGGCUACAAUGGCUCGUUCGAGUUCAAGAGCGGAGAGAAGUACCCGGAGAACCUCGAUUACACCUUCAUGCGCCAGUUCAACGCCUUCUUCGGCGCGGUCUUGAUUCCUCUGUCCUACUUCACCGCGAAAGAGAUGCACUUCCGGAAGCCAGUUGUCUGGCUCAUCACGUUGGCAGUCCUCUGCGAGAACAGCUACUGCACGAUCAGCAGAUUCAUCCUCCUGGACAGCAUGCUCUUGUGCUUCACCUUCACCACGGUCUUCACCUUGUUCAAGUUUCACAACCAGAGGCAUCAACCGUUCUCGCUCCAGUGGGGUUUCUGGCUCGGCAUGACUGGAAUAUCCAUCGGAUGCGUGUGCAGUGUGAAGUGGGUCGGUAUGUUUGGCACCGCGCUUGUCGGUAUCUACACGAUCGUGGACCUCUGGAACAAGUUUGGCGACCUUAAGAUGCCAAAGUGGGAGCUGGGAGCGCAUGUGGUCUUUCGCGUUAUCGGCCUGAUUGUCAUCCCGCUCAUCGUUUACAUGUUCACAUUUUACCUCCACUUCCUCAUCUUGGAGAACUCUGGUCCUGGUGAUGCGCAAAUGUCAUCGCUCUUCCAGGCCAACCUCCGCGGCACUGAGGUUGGAAAGGACAGCCCAUUGGAGAUUGCGUAUGGUUCGAAGGCUACGUUGAAGAACAUGGGAUACGGUGGUGGACUUCUACACUCUCACGUGCAGACCUAUCCUGAGGGAUCUGGCCAGCAGCAAAUCACUUGCUACCACCACAAAGAUGCCAACAACGACUGGUUCUUCUACCCGAACAGACACCAGCCUACCUACGACCCGGAAGCAGAUCUCAAGUUUGUCGGCAACGGAGACAUCAUCCGAUUAAUCCACGCUCAGACCGGCCGCAACCUCCACUCUCACACCGUCCCCGCUCCCGUCACCAAGGCCGACCACGAGGUCUCUUGCUACGGCAACUUGACUGUUGGUGACACCAAGGACCACUGGAUGGUGGAGACUGUCAGUGAUGCGGCUUCCAACGAUUGGACGAAGCUUCGCACUUUGACCACUUCUUUCCGUCUGAAGCACGUCGAUCUCAACUGCUACCUUCGUGCUGGCAAUGUCAACCUGCCACAGUGGGGUUUCAAGCAGAUUGAGACGACUUGUGUCAAAGCCAACAAUCCUCGCGAUGUGUACACUCACUGGAAUGUUGAAUCCCAUGUGAACGAGAGGCUGCCACCUAGCGCCCCAGGUGCUUACAAAUCUCCGUUCCUCCGCGACUUCAUUCACUUGAAUGUGGCCAUGAUGACCUCCAACAACGCCCUGGUUCCCGAUCCCGACAAGCAGGAUGAUCUGGCUUCCGCACCGUGGCAGUGGCCUCUACUCCACGUCGGUCUACGCAUGUGUGGCUGGGACGAUGCCAUUGUCAAGUACUUCCUCCUCGGCAAUCCAGUGGUUUACUGGGGCUCGACCUUCUCUGUAUUCUUCAUCAUGGCCAUGAUCGCGUACUACGCCAUUCGUUGGCAGCGUGGCUACGACGAGCUCACCUGGAAGGAUCUCGAGCAGUUCCACUACAGUGGCAUCUACCCUCUUCUCGGCUGGUUCCUCCACUACAUGCCGUUUGUUGCCAUGGCUCGUGUCACCUACGUGCAUCACUACUAUCCAGCGCUGUACUUCGCCAUUCUCACCGCCGGAUUCAUCGUCGACUGGUACACUCGCAACUUGCGCAGCACCUCUGUCAAAGUCGCCAUCUUCGGUGUGCUAUACGGCUUGGUCAUCUUCAUGUUCUGGCUGUUCCGCGCCUUCUGCUUCGGCAUGGAGGGAUCGAAUAGACAAUGGGCGCACCUGAAGUGGUUUGACCAAUGGAGGAUGGUAGAUGCUCCAAAGGCUUAG